GUAGAUAAAAUCACCAAAAUAUGUCCUCAGCAGGGAACAAAAGUCUAUGCCUGGGUCCCAAAUAUAGCAUAUUUUAUAUAUUCUCUCGUGCUUAAAUUUUAUGCAAGAUUAAUUCAACUUAACGCAAUAUACCAACUCUGUUGUAGAGAUCCCGCCCCUUCUUCUAGUUCUGGGUAAAAAGACUUGCAGUUGUGUCAUCACCAUUAAACCAGAGCGGUUUCUAAGGUGUAGAAUCCUCAUCAGAAACUAUGCUGUGUCGUUUUCUUUGGCUGUGGAUCUUACUGCGUCGUGCAGGCUAUAUGUAUGAAACCAGAAGGAGGGAGAUUGGAACCAGGCCAACUCAAACAUAGUUGUGGCUCGUUUUGCACAGAUUCCUUUAGCGUCACAGUACCCUCAAGUCCUGUUCUUGUGGUGCGUGGAGCCACGGCACUUCUUCCCUGUGAGUUUGAACCAGACUCUGACAUCUCUAAUGUGGUGAUCACAUGGCAACGGGAGGAAAACGCUCAGGUGGUCCACAGCUUCUACUACGAGAGAGACCAGCUUGAACGACAAAGCUCUGAUUACGUCAACCGGACAAAGUUAAAUCACAAGGACAUUGCUAAAGGAAAUGCAUCCCUGAGUAUAGCCAGUUUUGGACUGAAGGAUGCAGGAAACUACUUGUGCAUAGUGAGCAACAACAAGGGAACUGACAGAAGAGUGGUGCGUUUGGUUUACGCGGCCUUCUAUUCCGAGCCGAUGUUAAGCGUCCUUCUCAAAUCCACCGGUGUGACUGUCCAGUAUGAGUUGGAGGGCUACCCGAGGCCAGAGGUAAUGUGGCUGGGGUCAGGAGGUCAGAAUCUCACUGACCAUCUGGAGAUUUCGCCUGCAUCAGACGGAGGACUGUUCUACGUAAAAAGCAGCUACAUAACCCAGAGUCCAGCGUUCAGUGUCACAUUUACUCUAAAAAACCCUGCUCUGCAUCAGAAGCUACAGAGGCAUGUUAACAUCAGCUAUGAUGGGAACAUGAGCUCCAGAUCUUCAGUUGUGGUUCUGUCUGUAUUCUGUGUUUUCCUCCUGUGCUCGACGGGUCUGCUGUUAUGGUUAUACUGUCAUGAAAGGCGCAAAUGUCCUCCCGUCCAUAAUGGAUACACAUGAAUGGCUGGAAAGUAACUACUACUGCUCUUCAGAUAGUGCCUUCAAUAUUAUUGUUACGUUUUUAUUCUCAUAUUUAAAUGAAUACUGCUGCUCUACUAGACUUUUUGCAAUGCUGAUUUGGGACAGAAACACAAGAAAUAAUUAAAAAGUAGAUUUUUUUUGUAGCAAUUACGUUGUGUUAGUUUCACUUAGCUGUCCUAAAUUCAUCAAAUUCACUAUAGCGACUAUCUUGAGAUGUUUAGUGAAACCAAAAAAAAAGAAAAAAAAAAAUUUCAGGUUUUUUAGAGCAUUCAUAAAAAUGUAAGAGUGAGAAUGCUAUACUAUAAUGAAAUUAGAAUGGUUUACAGAAAUCAUAAUUUGCAAAAUUCAUGGCUUCUUUUGAAUGUCAGUUUAUGGAAAACAAUGUUAUUAGAAACAUAAAGUGAUGACAUCUAACAGCAUGACAUCUAAUAGCAUGAUCAUGCUAACCAGCAUAACAACACUAGCAUGAAUUUAAGGAAGUACUAUCAAUCUUUAUUCUGUUUGCGAACACAGAAAUGAUACACUUCAGCUUUAAAAAUGAUAGUUCUAUGAAGAGUGAUAUAUUUUAAAACAUUGACUAUACAAAUGUUUUUUUUUUUCAUGAAAUAUGCAUAUCACUGAAAGAAUAUUGAAAACAAAAUGCUCAUUGUAUGCCUGCUGAUAUUGAAGAUUUUUACUAUGCACAGACUUGCUGGAGUUUACUUUCAUUGUAGCAGUAAUAUUAACAAGAUGUAUUUUACUUUAGUAUAAAAAAUUAGUUUGACAAAGUUUGUUUCAUGUUUUUUUAUAUUAUUUUUUAAGGCAUUUUAAAUGAUCUUAAAAAAACUAGAAUUUAGACCAAAACCAAAUUAAACCAAUCAAUAAAUUACAAAAUGAUAUU